AUGUUUGAGGCAAUCACGAAGAACUCACUCUACCACUUGGGUAGCCUCCUGGUUGGGAAGCCUAUUACGGUUCCUUCGCCGCCCUAUCCAGCUGCCAGCAUCUCAACCACUGAAUGGACCCUGCGGCCCGGCGUCUACACUCCACGUCAGCUUGUCCGAGGGUUUGCGCCUCUUCUUGACACCGUGCUAUACCAUUUGGCUCCAGAUCCUUCCAGCCCUCGCGCAGCCCGUGAUCUUCUGCUUGAUAAUCUCGCCGCGAAUCUCGCCACGGACACACGUGAAUCUUCCUUGACCUUCCCAGAGCAGGUCACAGACAAAGGUCGCCGUGAAAUUCGCGACCAAGCCCGUCGUAUCGGCAAGCAUCUCGUACAAUGGGCGAACGAGGCAAGAGAUAGCCAUUUCGAGCCAGAUCUGAUUCUCCGCAGUCCCUGUGAAGGUCACUUGCUCCUCCCACACAAUGUCGACCUUAUGUUCGGCCGGCGGAGCAAACCACAUCUCAUGCAACUAUUCAAUGAGUACAUGCACCAGAUGAUCCUCCUUCGUGACUCACUGCUCCCAUUUCAUAACUACGAAGAUGUUCUCAUCCCUGUGAGCGGGAAAGGGCGUGGAAUUCGCGACAUGGAAGGUCCUCGUGCGAAGUUCCUCGCCGGCCUUUUCACUAAACAAGUCACUCAGCAGUCCGUCGUCGCAAUGGCAAGGGAGUUCCUAGCGCCAAAUCUUGCUCAAGCAACCACAGAAGGAUACUAUGGUUUCCAAUACAAGUAUGGUCUUGUUUUGCCCACGCUAUUCGCCACUGGUCCUUUGCCAUUCCAUCUCCUCCAGUACAUCCCUGCUCAUGUCUACCCUUCCCAUCCGGAGAUAUUGCUCGAGUACGAAUUUCCGGACUAUUACGCUGCUCCACGGACUGAAAUCCCAAAGGGUACAGCAACCUCCUCUUUGCGCUCAUUCCCUGGCGCGACCGCUCCCCAGGUGGAGAAAAUGAGUUUGGGCCUACGCCCAUCACACAUCACUUCCCCAUCGGUUGGGAAACUGGACCUGCAGCUUCAAUUUGAUAAUGGACAGUGCGCGAUGGUCGAUAUCGGUCAGAUUGCUCGUGGACACCGCUACGCCUACGAAGCAGGAGAGCCCGGACAAGUGGAAUCACCCAGCAUUGUGCACUCAGCUGGAGACAUUCUCUUCAACCCGGAACAUGGGCUCACUACCGCCCAAGCGGGCGGAUUCCAUGUUAUCCCAACAGACGACCACAUGGUGGCUCUGGCAGUGUUGGGCAAGUUGUACCCUGAGAAUGUGGUUGUUCUGUCGCGGAGGGAUGGGUUGGAGAAAGCAGUCAACGCUGGCAAGGGCUUUGAGCCUAAGUUUGUAGUUUGGGUGUGA